AUGUCCUUCAAGGCCUCGGUGUCGGCCCGGCCGGUCCAGGCGGCGACGCGCGCCCCCGCCCGCGCGCGCGUGUCGGUGCGCCCGGUGGCCUUCGUGGUGUGGGAGCUGCAGCCGGUGAACAAGAAGACGAAGGAGCCGUCCCUGGUCGUCGCGUCCGCGAAGACGCUGGACAACUACCUCCCGAGCCUGCACGACGCGAAGCUCGACGCGGGCCACGGCGGCACGCUGCAGGACUGCGGGCGCUUCAUGUCGCGCUCCGGGCAGGCGCUGGCGCCGCUGGAGUGCACGCCCGACGGCUGCUUCGUGCAGGCCCAGGGCGUCGACGCUGUGUUCACGGGCGACAACCUGCACCCGAACCCCAGCAUCAACGCCUCGGACCAGCACUGGCAGUCGGACAGCGAGAAGUUCCUCAUGCUCAAGAACCGCCUCGUCGGGGGCGUGGCGCUCAACGGCAAGCCCGUGCCGCAGGGCCGCGCGAUGAAGGUCAAGCCGGGCGACAUCGUCAAGUUCGGCGACGUCGAGUACCAGCUCCUGCGCAACGACGUGGCCCACGCGUAG